AUGUCCCAAAAGCCCUGCCUCAAAAGUCGCCCUCUUCCGCCACUCUCUACCGUGGAGGGACUUGAUUGUCUUGAUGUGGGGAAAUCAGCGAACGUGUACGCCCUUGACAAUGAAAGAGUCGUCAAACGAUAUGACGGCGGCAACGACGAAGAGGUUCGUGCCGAGCGUAUAGUCUACGACCGCCUCGGCCAUCAUCCCAACAUCGCCGAAUUCUUGGGAGCCCUCGACGAUGGCUCCAUUGUCCUUGAGCGUGGACAAGUCCUUCGCGCUGUGCUUGCUCAGCAGCAGACUGGUCCAGACACUAUUCCGUUGCGGACGAAGUAUCGCUGGGUCCAACAAGCCGCGACGGGGUUACAACAUCUCCACGACCACGGCAUCAUCCAGGCCGACGUCGGAUGCCGCAACAUGAUUGUGGUUGACGGGACUCUGAAACUGAUCAACUUCGAGGGCUGCAGCAUCGAUGGCGAAGGCCCGCGUUCCUCUUACGAGUGGUUCAGCUAUAAGCCGUCGACGCCCCGAGCUACCGUGCAGACCGACAUCUUUGCCCUGGGCUGUGCAAUGUACGAGAUCAUGACUGGCAAACCCCCUUAUUACGAAUUCAAGGGGACGGAAAACGCGCGAGAGCAUGUCGAGCGUCUAUACGAGGCCAACCAGUUUCCUGACGUCGCUCGUCUGCCGCUGGGACAGGUAAUCUCGGAUUGCUGGCGUGGCAAAUUCAAUUCCAUGCGUGAGGUGAUGGGAGAGAGUGGGACCAUUCACAUUGUCGCCGAACAUUGUCGCCGAUCCAGCCAUGGAGGAUCGUUGCUGGGUGGAGAAUGA